AUGGGCCGGUUGAAGAUUAAAUGGGUUGGUAAUAUGAGAGUCAUACUGCCAAUAGCCAUGGCGGUGUUGGCGCUAUUCGCGUCAGCGCCCUCUAGCGGCCUGGAUAUAGAUGAGGUGCUGCCAUUCCUCACAGACGAAUAUCUUAAUGAUUUGUCGUCUGUGUUCACCGGAUCACUGCAUGCGACGCUGGAGGAUGAGUUAGCAGCUGUCAAUGCUGAGGUGGCAAGUCUGGAGGAGGGAUGUAGGCCCAAGCCCAAACCCAAACCCACACCCAAGCCUGCACCACUGCGCAUCACAGCCGGUAAAGACCCGCUGAUCUGUCAGAGAUGCACGGAGAAGAAGCUGCGACAUCAGAUCAAGAUGUGCGCUCUGAUGUUGAUGUGGGGACCGCCGUCCUGUAGGCGCAUUGAAGAGAAGGUUCGACUCUACUCUGAUGUUGAGGCGAGAACGACUGAGGCCGCUAAGCUGUUCAGAUGGUACCGCUGCCUCUGCGACGGAACCGGGAAUGGAUACAACUCGUUCACGGACGAAUGCUCAGCCGGCCCCACUUCGGAGAUGAUCGGCCGCUCUCUGACGCACUGCGGUAUCGACGCUGCUAACUUCCGCGACCUGCAGGGGGCGCUGCUGAACGACGGACGUGACAUCACGGAGCUGUUGGGACGCGUUAACUGCGAGGGCGUGUUCAACGAGCGGGAUGCGGAUAAGAUCUCUGCCAAGCAGCCGUACUGUCCAGCGCUGAUGGCUGGCCAGGACUUCUAUCAGGGCUGUCUGUACUUUGCCGGCGACCCGACGUGCGAGUGCUUCAACUCAGGAGUGGAGCCACUUGCUAUUAGAGUGGAACCGGAAGAACCAGUGACCGAAUCACCACUUCCGCUGAACCCUGCUGACUGUCCAGGACUGGAGGACGCUCUCUGUCGACAGGCGACGGCCAAGACCCGCGUUGCAAGGAAGAAUCCGCUCAUCAUUACAAACGUAACCAUAGCAACCAGCAUCCCUCAUAAUCAUCCAUAG